UUAGGGACACGUGUUUAUAAACACUGCACGGAGUACACUAGCACCUCCUGUGUACCGUGCAUUCAAAAAUCAUUCACCGAUCGGCCCAACGGUCUGUCUCAUUGUUUCUCUUGUACAGUGUGUGAGCCAGGGACACGUGUUUAUAAACACUGCACGGAGUACACUAGAACCUCCUGUGCACCAUGCAUUCAAAAGUCAUUCAUCGAUGUGCCCAAUGUCCUGUCUCAUUGUUUACCUUGUACAGUGUGUGAGCCAGACUUGGGUUUAAAAACAGAGAGAGAGUGCACCCCCACCUCUGACACAGUGUGUGGGCCUCUGGAUCACCACUACUGCACUAAGACUGAUGAUAAGGGGUGCAGCUUUGCGCUGAACCACACCAUCUGCAGGCCUGGACAGUUCAUCAUACACAACGGAACAACAUUGACUAAUACCGAAUGUGGAUACUGUCCUGAUAAAACUUUUUCAAAUAAAUCCUUUUCUGCGUACUGCAAACAACACAGAGAUUGCCAGUCCUUGGGACUUCAGGAAAUUACAGCAGGAACAAACACAUCGGAUAGUGAAUGUGGACCAAGAAAUAUUCCUGUUUACAUCAUUAUUGUGCCUGUGCUGCUUGUUUUAGCUGAUAUUUUAGCAAUCAUUUUCAUUUUAAGGAAGUUUCACCUUCUAUUUGGGAGCAGAAGGCAGAACGUGGCAACAGAUCUGACAGAAUGUGAAAGAAUGAACAGCACGAGCCAGCCACAGGAUGAAGGGAGCAGAAGGCAGAACAUGGCAACAGAUCUGACAGAACGUGAAGGAAUGAACAGCACGAGCCAGCCACAGGAUGAAGGGAGCAGAAGGCAGAACAUGGCAACAGAUCUGACAGAACGUGAAGGAAUGAACAGCACGAGCCAGCCACAGGAUGAAGGGAGCAGAAGGCAGAACAUGGCAACAGAUCUGACAGAACGUGAAGGAAUGAACAGCACGAGCCAGCCACAGGAUGAAGGUCGAUGAUAAGAUAUCUUCCUGCCUGGCUGACAUCUCCACCUAGAUGGCCAUCCACCAUCUGAAGCUCAACCUCAACAAAACUGAGCUGCUCUUCUUCCCAUGCAAGACCUCUUUACUACGUGAACUCUCAAUCACGGUUGAUGGCACCACAGUGACUGCUACUUGCAGGACAUGAUUCGAUCCUAUGUCCCUGAUCGACCACUCCGCUCUGCGGCAGCAGGGCACCUUGUAACCCCUCCCACCCGACCAAAGGGAUCACAGAGCUUCUCCACCCUAGCUCCCCAGUGGUGGAACGAACUCCCCGUCCCUCUCCGAACCUCCCCCUCACUACCCAUCUUCCACCGUGGCCUGAAGACUCACUCUUCAGACUAUACCUAGACUAACCACCACCACGCUGUAUAUUUCACUCUAAAUCCCCCCCCCCCCCCUUUUUUUCAUGAUUCUUGUUACAUGUUGCCCCAUCCCAGCACUUUUUGGUAAUUUGUAUUUGUCCUAAUUCUGUAGCUUAUUCUUCUGCCUAGUUGGUUUGCAGAGGUUAGGUCUGAAUAGUGUUCACUGUGUGACCUAAACUGUGUACAAAAUAAGUAUUGUAUCUUACUGAACCUGUGUUUAGCAGUUGUCUAUGACCAUGAAAUGCACUUUUUGUAAGUCACUUUGGAUAAAAGCGUCUGCCAAAUAAAUGUAAUGUAAUGUAACAUACUAAUAUAAUUUUAAUAUAUGUACAUCUUUUUUUUAAAAUAUAAUUUUACUGCAUAAUUCUCAUUUUAUAUUUGUUUACGUCAAACUUUGUAACCCCUGGCAUUGUACAUUUGUUUGUUCAUUAUUCCUUAUUAUUCUCAUAUUAUUUUAUAUAUGCUGUAUUUUGUAUUUCUGAUGCUGAAGUUGAAUUUUUAAAAAAAAUUGAUGGUAA